GUGAUCAUGACGAAUCAUAUGACUGCAACCAGAUAAUGGUUGAAUUAGCGUGUGAAUCUCUCAUGCCAUGUGACCAUAACGACUCAUGUGAAUGCAACCUGGCAAUUGUUAGAUGGAUAAAUACCAGUGCAUGUGGACUACUGCUUCAUUUCCCUCAAGAAUUUUGUGGUGAAAGAAGCUCCUCUCCAAGGAACGAAGAUGCAGAGAUUCAGCACUCAACAGGCAUUGGAAAUGAUCCUGGAUGGAGCUGACCCUGGCGAAUCGGAUGGAGAAGACAUCAAUCUCCAGGUGGAUUCAGACUCCGAGCUGUCUCAGUCUUCAGAUGAGGAGAGUGCUCCCCAACCAACAAAGAGAGCUCGGCUAGCGACUGAUGUGGCAGAGACUGCAAAAGAUGGCACAGUAUGGCAUGAAGAACAGGUGGGAACGGGUCCACAUUUCACCCCACCAACGCCAUACAGCACAGAUGGAGAGCCAACCGCUAAGGCCAGGAGGUCAAUCACAAGUCGCCUUCAGAGCUUCCUUUGUUUCAUCACUCUGGACAUGCUUGGCAUCAUACGAGACUGUACAAUUCAACAUGCGAAGCAAACUGAGCAUGUGGAUUGGUUCAUGGGCAUACCUGAACUAAUGGCAUUUAUUUCCAUCACCAUCAUGAGGGGAAUCAUCAAGGUGCCAUCACUGCAUGACUGCUGGUCGAAAAACCUGGGAAACCCACACAUCAUCGAAACCAUGUCCCGAGGGCGUUUCAAAAACAUCAUGCAUCACCUGCGCUUUGAUGACAGAGACACCCGCAGCGAGCGAGUACAGACUGAUAGGUUUGCUGCAAUUUCAAACAUAUGGGGAUUGUUUGUCACCAACUGCAUCACAUCCUACAUCCCUGGUCAACACAUCACCAUUGACGAACAACUUUUCCCGUGCAAGACUCGCUGCUGUUUCCUACAGUACAUUGCAACUAAACCAGACAAGUUUGGUAUCAAGUUUUGGGUGGCGUGUGACUUGAAAACCAAAUACGUCUGCAACAUCCUCCCAUAUCUUGGCAAGGACCCCACUCGGCCUCGUGGGGAGAGAGUGUCUGAGAGUGUAGUCAUGAGGCUGAUGGAACCAUUCUUGGACAAGGGCAGAAAUGUUACCACAGACAAUUUCUUUACAUCACUGUCACUUGCAAAACGACUACUUAGCCGGAAUUCAACCAUCCUCGGCACAGUCAACAGGAUUCGCCAAGAGAUAGCCUAUGCCCCUUUUGGGUCUGAAAGUUUUUGUAUUGAUUAUAUUCUGCUGUUUUCAUUUUAUACCAUGUCAUGA